AUGGCCAUAUGCGACCAUCGACAAGGACCAUCUGUCAGGAAUAAGGGCCUGCAGCAGAACCAAUCUCCAGCCACCACGGGAACCCGAGGAGACGUGUAUCCAUUGGGGCUCUGCAUCGCCCUGUGCCUGGGGGGCACCGUGGCCCAGAAUCAUGGCGUACAAGGUACCACUGAGGACUGCAACAGCCAUGUGCUAUGCCCAGCAAACGCCACGUGUGUGAACAACACCCACUGCACCUGCCUGGAUGGAUACCAGCCACAUGGGAAUCGCUUCUUCACCGACCCAACGGAAACCUGUGAUGAUAUUAACGAGUGUCUGGGGCCGAGCCUGCCAGACUGUGGACGCUACACAAACUGCAACAACGCGCCUGGGAGUUACUACUGCACCUGCAUCGAUGGCUACGAGCCCAGCUCUGGGAAAGCCAACUUCAGGAACGCGAGUGAGAACACCUGCCAGGAUAUUGACGAGUGUCAGGGCCCGAGCCCGGCAGACUGCGGACCCCACGCAAACUGCUCCAAUGUGGCUGGGAGUUACUACUGCACCUGCAUCGAUGGCUACGAGCCCAACUCUGGGAAAGCCAACUUCACGCACGCGAGUGAGAACACCUGCCAGGAUAUUGACGAGUGUCAGGGCCCGAGCCCAUCAGACUGUGGACCCCACGCAAACUGCAGCAACAUGGCUGGGAGUUACUACUGCACCUGUACUGAUGGAUACAAGUCCAGCUCUGGGAAAGCCAACUUCACACACACGAGUGAGAACACCUGCCAGGACAUCGAUGAGUGCCGCAAGACCCCAGAUAUCUGCGGCCCCAAGGCCACGUGUAUCAACACCAAUGGGACCUACCGGUGUGAGUGCCAGGCCGGCUACAUCCCCUCCAACGUGAACACAACCAUGUGCAAAGUCCCCAGCAUUAACUCCAGCGUUCAGUUCCAGGCCAUCAAAGAGACGUUCAGGAAUUUCUCUCUGCAGGGAAAGCGGAGUGGCGAAAGCAGCAGUUUUUCCUCUUUCUUUAAUUCGACCUUAAACAUUUUGAUGUCCAUGUUUGGAGACGGGAGUGCGGCGUUAUCACUGGAGAAUGCGAGUGACUCUUUCAACUCCGUCCUGAACAGCACCUCCCUCUGGGAUGAUGGAGGCGAGGGGGAGGUUGUGUCGGCUGUAACGUUCGUCCUGGAGACAAUGGAACUGUCCACGCUGGCCAUUGCGCUCCAGUCUCCGGAGAAGACAACACAGAACAUGAUGACACCAUCUAUGGCUAUCCAGACACGACUCAUCACAGGGAACUGCAGGCACCAGAGCGAAGACUUCACGCUGACCGCUCACGAGGAGACGAUGGACGUGCACUGUGAUACAGUCACCGGGGCAGCCACACAAGCAGGUUUGGGGGCUGCUGCUUUUAUUUCCUACUCCACCCUGGACUCCAUCAUCAGUGCGAGACGUCUCAGCGAGGGAAAUCUACCAGCUGGUGGGAAGCUGGAGAAGGGUCAUCUCAACUCCAGGGUGGUGAGUGGGGCCAUCGGAGACGGGAGACCCAUUAACCUCUCCAGACCUGCAAACUUCACCCUGCGCCACAGACAGGCCAAAAAGGAGGACGAAGAGGCUCACUGUGUCUACUGGAAAGUAGAGGCCGAGAGCGGCAGCUGGUCUCGAGACGGCUGCACCACCGUGCACACGAACAGCACUCACACCACCUGCAGCUGUGACCAUCUCUCCAGCUUCGCCGUCCUAAUGGCUCCCACCACAGUGACGGAGAGUUACCCACUGACCAUCAUCACCUAUGUGGGACUGACCCUCUCCCUGCCGUGCCUCUUCCUCGCCAUCCUCACCUUCCUCCUGUGCCGCUCCAUCCGCAGCGUCAGCACCUCCCUCCACCUGCAGCUCUGCCUCUGCCUCUUCCUGGCCGACCUGCUCUUCCUCACCGUGGUUACCCGCACCCGCAGUAAGGUGGCGUGUGCUGUCAUUGCUGGGCUCCUACACUACCUCUUCCUGGCCUGCUUCACCUGGAUGUUCCUGGAGGGGCUGCACCUCUUCCUCACCAUCAGGAACCUGAAGGUCGUGAAUUACCCCAGCGCCAGCCGGUUCAAGAAGAGAUUCAUGUACCCGUUCGGCUACGGCUUCCCAGCCCUGGUGGUGACUAUUUCUGCAGCGGUGAAUCCUGAUGGCUACGGAACUUCCACACACUGCUGGCUCAGCCUGGAGAGCGGCUUUCAUUGGAGCUUCCUGGGUCCAGUCUGUGCCAUAAUCCUGAUAAAUAUAACAUUCUUUGCCCUGACCCUGUGGAUCCUCAGAAACAGACUUUCCUCCCUCAAUGCAGAUGUGUCCACCCUCAAAUACCACAGGUUACUGACCUUUAAAGCCAUCGCCCAGCUCUUCGUUCUGGGCUGCACAUGGAGUCUUGGUCUCCUCCAAAUCGGCCCAGCAGCCACGUUCAUGGCGUAUUUAUUCACCAUCGUCAACAGCCUACAGGGAGCCUUCAUCUUCCUGGUGCACUGUCUCCUCAAUCGCCAGGUGAGAGAGGAGUACAGGAGAUGGAUCAGGGGUUUCCGAACAUCCAGCACAAAAUCUCAGAUGUCUGAUUUAUCCAUGUCUCCUAUCCCUACCACCAGCACCAAGACGGUGAGUGGGAGCUUCGAAGUCCCCCGAUCCCCAUGGCAGCUGAGCAGUUGUGGGGGAUACCUCCGCCUGCAGCAGCAGGGAGCUCCCGUUCCCUGCCACCUGCGACAAGUGGGAGGUCGAGGGUCCCCCACUGCCCAGGGGAUGGGCUGCUGCAGGGUUCUCUUACCCCCCACACACAGCGACAGAGCUCCAGAGGGUCCCCCCUCUUCCCGCCGUGGCUGGGCAACUGCAGAAGGUCCCGUGCCACCCACCAUGUCCCACGCCACACCCUUCAACGGUGUCAAGAAGAUCAGAAUCGCGGCCGAUUCUCUCGGGGAGGAGACUGGCACAGGGAGUGGGGCCUCACCAGGUUACGUGUACAGUGUUGGAGACCAGAAAGCAGGGACCGGUAGAGAGACAGUGGCCAGCAGGAGGCGCUGCAGCAGUGAGUAA